AAAGCGGUCUCAAACUGCAUUAUUUCUGCAUUGUGUUUUGGUCCUUUGACAAGUUUCAGAGUUCAGGAAUUAUGUAGUGACAUCACGAACAUGACAUAAUACCUAUCUCCCCUUUUGCAUGGGUUGAGUGUUUAAGGAUUUAUGCUAUAGUGUUUCUUGUGUGGGUUCAAGUCCUAAGAGCUCCCUCUGCUUGGAAAGAACAUGUAGAUUUUUCAUGUAAAAGACCACAGGUUAAAUUUGUGGGAUCUCCAGAUUGUCAUUGGAAAAAACACUAUCUGAAAUCCUUAAGAGGUGCUGCUCCUCAGAGUUGACAAUACCAUAAUUUGAAUAGACCACACUCUUGACUAAACAGGGUUAGAUCUGGACCACCAAAGAUUUCCAGAAAAGACUCCUGUCUUACACUCUGGAGAACCAUUGUCUAUAGGAGCAGAUGAUGCUGAGUUAAAGAUGGGCCAAUAUUAUAUAUUCCCAGGGAAGGACAGUUUUUUCUGCGGCACUGAGUUUUGAAUGUGGAAUAAAGAACAUGGGAUAUUUACAGUGCUUCUUCUGCCUCCUUUCCCUGCCUGGAGUUGAGUAUUUGAAAUAAGGACAAAGGUAUUUGAGAAAAUGGGUUAUGAUAUUGAGCGUUUUGUGGGUUACGUUAAUGAAGGACUGCUGUGCUCUAUCUGCCGGGACGUAUUGGAAGAGGCACUGCAGGCUCCCUGCGAACAUGCUUUCUGCACUUCCUGCAUACAUGGGUGGCUUGUCCAUCAUAACAACUGUCCAGAGGAUCGACAGGCACUUGAUCUGACUGUCCUUCGGCCGCUUUACAGAUAUAUGAAGAAUGAUCUUAAUCGACUCCAGCUUCAUUGUAGAAACAGAGAAUGUGGCUGUGAAAUGGUGUGUUCUCUGGAAUCUAUCAGCCGACAUGAACGCGAGUGUGAAUACAGCCAGAUUCCCUGCUCCAACAGUGGUUGCCCAAUUCAAGUUGAACGGCGUAACUUACACAGCCACUUGGCAGUGUGUGAGUAUCAAAGCCGUGAAUGCCCCAAUGGUUGCGGGUAUGCCAUGCUCAGCACAGACAGUGCACAGCACAACUGUGUAGCGGAGUUAAGAACAGAGCUAGAACUGCUCAGGUCAGAAAUGAUCUACCGAGUGGAAGAGGCAAAGCAUGAAGUGGAAUCUCGUUUGGAUUCUCAGAGGCGGCAUAUGGUGCAAAAAGAGAGUCUUUUGCAAAAUGAAAUUGAAGAGUUAAAGAGUCAGAUGUCAAGAAUGAUGUCUGACAUACAGACCCUGAUGGCAACAGAGAGGCAGCAUCGUCAAGAGCUGGAACAGGCUGAGCUUGAAAAACGGGAAUUGCUGGAGUUAAUAAAGGGUCUCCAGAAAGACUGCCGAUUGACUAGGGAUGGAAGCAAGAAAGCAUCAAACUUCCGGCCUCUGACACGGCUAGAAAGUUUGAAACGCAAGCCCCGGGAGGUGACUGUCAUAUGAGCUAAAAGCAGUUUUCAAACACCUGCUUUCAGCGAACAGCUGGAACAACUGGAUUUCAAAUUCCUCUACAAUUUAUGUUUGAACUAACUCCUAGGGAGAGAAACUGGCAAGAAAAGCAGCUUAAUUCUGUACUUAAAUGAGGUCCAACUACAUUGUUGCUAGAUUUCAUAGGAACCCAUUGAUUUCUUUGGGUUAAUUUCCAUUCCUUAAUUUCUUCUGCAACCUCAAUUAAAAUAGGGUGUGGAGUAUAGCAAUUUUAGGAAGCAGUAACAUGUAGAGGUUUUUUUGUAUUCUUUUUUUCAAACUAGAACUUUUUCACUAUUGAUAGACAGACUAUUAUCAGAAUCAUGGGCCUGUUACAGACAGGCCAAAAUAAAGCUGCUUUGAGUCACUUUGGAGGUAUGGUA